AUGCACUCGCGCCAAAAAUACAAAUUGUUGGGUCAGAGGUCGUCCCGUGCUUCACAAGACGACGUUGAGUCUGAUGAUGACGCUACAUUCUCGGCACAAGAAUUGGCCUUGGCGCGGGCAAAGAAGAUUAUAUACGCCCUACUUUUUAUGCUUGGCGUGACUACCGUUUCAACGGCUGUGCUCUUGACCAGACAGCGGUGCUCUCUCGCCUCUCCAAGUUUCUGUAAGAAGUAUAAAUGCUCUGCGAUACUUCAGAAUACGCGACUAACGCCCCUGCGACCAGUUGAUCUAGAAACCAACGUGCCGGUGCCCAUUUCCCAUGAUAACCAUACCAUCGAAGACCCUAUGUGGGAUUCUCCCGAGUAUGACUGGUACCUAGGAUGGGUGGCGCUGCAAAACGACGUUGCCCAGUCCAAGGGCUUGCCUACCGCCAUGCACUGGCCCUGGGACAGCUCCAGGAGCAUAUAUAUAUUGCACGGGUUUCACUCUUUACACUGCGUGUUCUUGCUGCGCGACGUCAUAAUGCAGUACCACGAUAACAAGGCGCAAGCAUGGCCAUACGGACAUGUAACGCACUGCCUACAUGUCCUUCGCGAGGACGUCAUGUGUGCCGCUGACGACACGCCGCGGUAUACGGGGCGGUUGCACGCGCAGGAGAACGAGACCGUGGUGGAAUCAGGGAUAGGCCAGGUUCGCAUGUGCCGCGACUGGAACAAGCUGCGCCAGCACGCUAUUGACAACUCUGCUUGCUACUAUCGUCCUGGCGAUCAUUAUAUUCCGCUGCUGGAUCGUUAUAAGAGGUGUCCGGAUGGGAGCAAGCCUUGGGAGAAGGAGGAAUAG